AUGUCGUGGUCUGUGUCCAAAUCUCAGCGGAAACGGAAUUGGCAUGUCAGAACUAAGAAGAAUAUAGAGAGAGUCAGACGUGAUGAAGAAAAGGCUGCAGAAGAAGAGAAAGAAAAACAGCGAAGAAUCGCAUUAGCUGAACAAGAAGCCAGAACAGAUUUAUUACGGUCAAGGUCGAAAAAUAAACUCAAAACAUGUGACAGAAAUGAAAUAGAACAAGGAUCUUCCACUGAUAUAGUUCCUAGUUCUACUGUUACACAGCAUGGCAAUAUCAACUUCUUUAAAGAAAUUGAAGAUGGGUUAAGAAAACAGGGUAUUAAUGAAGAACAUGCUAAAGAGAAAAAAGUUGAAAAAGAGAAAUGGGAGAGAAGUGUUGGUUUAUUAACAUAUUUAGGGAAGAGUAAUAUUGAAGAACAAAAUGAAACACCAUGGUAUUUGAGUGGUAGAAAAAGAAAAAGAGAUGAAACGGAAGAGGAAGAGAAAAGAGAUCUCAAACAUCUAAAAGAAGAAAAAAAGAAAACCAAUUUAGAUCCAUUAUUAGAAAUGAGGGAAUUUGUUGAUAAGAAAAAAAAGAAGAAGAAACAUAAAGACAAGAAAGAUAAAAAACACAAACACAAAGAAAGAGAGAGAGAAAGAAUAAAGUCCCUACCCAAACCAAGUACUGGUAAAACAAUAGAUCAACUUAGAGCAGAACGUUUAAAACGUGAAAAGGCUGAAAAAAAUAGGACUGCAGAAUUAUUUUCAAAAUUAAAGGGAGAUGACUCUGAAAAUUCGUCAGAAUCUGAAGAAGAGGAUAGAAGUCGCAAAUAUAAUUCUCAAUAUAACCCAGAACUUUCUAGAAAAUAUAAAAAACAUAAACCUAAUGAUUACAGCUGA